ACCCCCCAACAGGAACCUGAAUAAUAAAUAAUCGGCAUCAUACAGAGAACACACCGGAAACAUGGGGCAGAUUGCUUUAUUUUAAACAAAUGCAAACUUAUCAUCAAAUACACAAAGCGAAAACGAAGUUUAUUUAUUUAAAAACACGUUUAUUUUGUUAUUUAUUACAAAAAAAAAUGUAGCCAGAUAUAUUUUGGCUCGAAACGGAUCAUGGCUGUGGAGAGACGAAUUCGUCCUUAAAAACGUUUUAAAACGGCCAACUUUUAAACCUUUUCUACUGAGAUCGUUGAAAACCUUAAAUACGACUUGCUAAUUAUUACUUUUAUCAACAAAGAAAAAAAAAAAAACAUUUGUUGAAUAUUUCUACCACGAUUCCGGAACUAAUGCGGUCGAUAAUUGUUGCAGGUGGGACUUUAUGACGACGCAACACUUCGCCUUUCAGUUCCAAACUUCUCUGUGCUUUUUAUUGAAUAAGGGAUAAAAACAACAUAUUUAAACUAUAUUUCGAUUACUACACGUUUUUAUAGCUGGUCGUUUAGGAUGUUGUGUUAAUACGCCUGUCAAUGAAGCUAUAUUUACGCGUGUAACUUAUUUCAAGCUGUUUAUUUGUGUGUUAGCAUGCUGGUUAAUUACAGCAGCAGCUCUGAUGAGGAAGAUGAAGUCGUUGCUACAAACAGAAAUAAUAAUGAAACCAGGGUUUCAGAUCCAGGAAAGAAUGAAGGCUCACGUCAGACUCGCCUUCCUCUGCCUUCCUCAGUGAUGGAGAUGUUCAGAGACUCAGAAGAGCAGCACUUUGAUCACAGAGCUCAACAUGGAGGUCGACUCAGGUCUUUCCAACACGAGAGAGGCAACUGGGCUACGUAUGUCUAUCUGCCAUAUGAGCCUGAAGAAGUGUUUCUGGAGUUGCUGGAUGAGUUGCGGGUUUGUGCCGCAGCUCAUGGCGUCACCUUGACCCGGGCCGAAGAGUUUCACGUCAGCCUCUCUCAGACGGUGAUUCUGCGACACCAUUGGAUUCAGCCGUUCGUUCAGUCGCUGCGUUCUGCGCUGGCAACAUGCAGUGGAUUUGUAUGUCUCGCAGAUAAACUGAAGGUUUACUCCAAUCAAGAAAAAACUAGGACUUUUCUCGGUAUGGAAAUCUCGACAGGUCACAUGCAGCUUCUUGAAGUUGCGAAAAGUGUGGACAAGGUCAUGGAAGAGUUCAACCUCAGCACUUACUAUGAGGAUCCGUCGUUUCACUUGAGUCUCGCCUGGUGUGUUGGUGACUUUGCUGAAAAACUGCAGCAUACGUGUUUAGCAGAGUUGCAGAGUCUCAUGGAAGGCCACGAAGAUGAACCUUUCCAGAUAAGGCUGAAGUGCAAGGAGCUCCGCUGCAAAGCCGGGAAUAAAUUCUAUCAGUUCCCAAUAAAGUGACACAAUACAGUUGGAAGGAUAUUACAGUAAUAAUAGACUAAAGCCUUCAGACACUCCAGACAAUCAGAAGAGUCAGAGACGCUUUGCUAAAGAUUUGAUGAAUGUACAAUUUUACAGUGUGAAGUCUACCGCAUGGAAAAUGUUGUGGCUGGCGAUAAAGGACGUAUUAAAGUACCUUAUUUCAAUAUA